AUGUGCCUCCGAGUGCGUCUCCACAGGAAACUGCAGUCCUCGACAUUUUAUUGUCGGCGAUCGACAAAUCCGCACCCGCCCGAUCGAGCCCGCAAGCGUAUUUGCUCGAUAUUCCACGUGCGGACAUUCACCGGGGAAGCGGGGAAAAAUGGAACGCAAACGCAAAGCCCUGGUAGAACCAAUCAACGUUCGUCGUUUUUCACGGGUAGCAAACUGGCAGUCGCAGGUUUUGUCACGACAACGUGCGGCCUGUAUGUUUUCCGCAACUACACCGCAAGCCGACUCGGACCCGGCUCGGCGAACUCGGCUGAUCGCACCAAGAACACGGAUCACUCCAAGGUUCGCAUACAGCUCCAGAGCAUGGACCGACUGGCGGAGCAGUGGGGCGAAAGGCUCCGACGAGAUUUCCGCGUCGAAAUGGAGGGAGAGGAGUACCAAGCCCUGUUGCAGGAGCGCGCAGAGGGCCUGCGGAGUGCGGCUGAGCAGGUUGCGGAGGAAGGUAGAACCCUGACGGCAAAAGUGUUCACGGAGUUGUGGCGUACAGACUUGUAUCCGCGCAUUCCGCGCUUCGAGGAGUGGUACUUCCGAUACUCUACGACCUACACACUGAUGGCAUUGGCGCUGUCCUCCGCGUGCAAGCAUUCUGUGAGCACCGCAGCCAGAACGGUCACCGGCCUGGGAAGCGAGGAAGUUGAUGCUGCGUCAACGCCGGUCUCCGCCGGCAUUGAAAAGGAUCUGGAGUCCUACAUCCGCAAGCAGUACGAGCUUCUGGUGCUGCGGCCGGAAGUGGUCGAUGUGAAGCUGCGGCGAGCGGUGCAGGACGAAAUUUUCCGGCAGGUGGAGGAGGAGCUGCGAGAAAAAUUCAGUGUAGUAGAGGAAAUCUUCUUUCGAAAACUCGUUCUGUUACAGCAAGCGCAGGAACAAGCUGCUGGAGGAGGUGCUUCGUCUGACACGACCGCAGCUAGUACGCAAAUGCUCUUGCCUAGUACAGCAUCGACCGCGAGCCCAGGAGGAGAUAAAAGUGCAACCACUACAAGAAGCGCUGCUGCUGGUGCUGCAUCUUGCGAUGUGGUUUUGGAUUGGCAGGCCCAGACGGGCAAGAUUCGCGAGAUCCCGGCCGCCUUCGAAAAGUCCCCAGUCCGAACGGUCGGGAUCGUCACCGCUGGCGCCCUUCUGGGGAAAGUCGCUCUGGGAAAGGCUAUCGGGACGGGAACCGCAGUAGUGCUCAAAAGCGGCCUGACGACAACGGUGCUUUCUAAAACGUUUUUCGGAAAACUAGCUGCUCCAUUCCUGACAAAAGUCCUUUCAGCCGGAGGAAGUGUUGGCGCUGGCGGCAUCGUGGCGACUGUUGCGGGCGGACCCGUUGGCGUUUUUGCCGGCGUGACAGUGGAUUACUUGUUGCACAAAGGAGUAGCGCUGUUGUCAAAAAAGCAGUUUGCAGAGGACAUGAAAGAAAUUUUGGAUGCCACUCGGGACGAGUGGAUUUACCUUGUCAGCUCAGAAAUCCAGAACUCAGCGAGUUUGUGUGUGGAGACUUGCAGCAUAAAAAACAAAAUUGAAGAAAGCACUGCCGCCACAUUUCCCCAAAGAAAGAU